AUGCAGAGACCCAAGAACCUGUUCUGGGAGCCAGACGUCGACGGCAUUGCGAAACGCGUCGAGAGCGGCACGAAGAAAAAGGCUGAAUGGCUAUACAUUGCAGCUUUCAAGCAUUUUGGCACUGUUUCCAAUCAACUCAUUGGAGCUAUUGAAGGGCCAAUGGCCUCGACUGUGAGUGACCUCUCUGUGGUGUGCUCAUACAUUUGGUCAGACGCCUUUGAGCCGACGAUCUUUGUACCUGGCGCAGCUGCCAAAUACAAGAAGCCUUCGCUUCCUAUCAAACUGGAGCACGACCACGGAAUCCAGUACAUCGACCACAACGUCUACAGGAACCCUGUGAUGCCAUUCGAGCCAAUGAUGAGAGCUGCCAGCAUCAUGAAUCCGUCAGCCAACUUUGGCGAUGUGGACAUCGUCAUCAGCCGGGGUGGGUUGCAAAACCUUUUCGAUUUUGCUAGAGGCAAAAGCCAAAAGUCCUUUAGGGUCGAGUUGGACUUGGUCAACAACACGCUCUUCAUCGCCUGGCGCAAGGAGAAUAAUUGCUUCAGAAUGUCUCCAAAAUCUGGAGAAGAGAGUUGA